UCGUUAACUGUCUUAAACAAGACGCCGCGCAACUUGCUUUGAGCCACUGAGCGACUGAACUCAGACACUGUGUGCAAGUUUGUCGACGUUAAGCUUUCAAUAGAAUGUCUGACAGUGACGAUGAGCCUCUGGUGCUGAAGAAAGGCAAAGCUGCACCUGUGAAAUCAGAGCCUGCGGUUAAAAAGGAGGACGGAGCUAAAGCAACAGCGAAAGCAGAUGCUAAAGUAAAGGCGGAGCCGGCGGCGGCGAAGAAGACGGGCGCGGACACCAAGGUGAAGGUGGAGAAGGCGGACACUGCCAAGCCAGCGGCGAACGGCAAGGCGGCCGCAAAGAGCGUCAAGGAGGAGGGGGCAAAGCCCGCGCGGGAGAAGAAAGAGUUCACCAUGCCCGGGCAAACGCGAGAAGCGCCACCGGAGACGGAUUCCCUUCGGAAGUUCUAUACCUCGCUGCUGGAGCAAAUACCGGAAAGCGAAAUGGCAAAGAAGUGGUGCCUGCAGCACGGGCUGCUGUCUCGGGACGAGGCGGAGAAGCUGGCCGCGGUGCUAAAGAAGACGAAGGCGACGGGCGUCAAGUCGCCUGCCAAGCCGGCGGCCAAGGCGGCGGAUAAAGGCGCAGCGGCCAAGGCGCGGCGGCCAGCGGAGAAGGCGCCGGCGGCAAAGAAGCAGCGGCAAGCUGUUUCGCCGCCUCGCUCCAAGCGGCCGGCCAAGUACAGCGAUGAGGAGGGCAGCGACAGCAGCAGCGAGGAGGAGGAGGAGUCGGACGAGGACGACAAGCCGCUGGCCGCAAAGGCCAAGUCAGCGGCGCCAGUCACCAAGCCGGCGGCCAAGCCCGCCGCCAAGCCGGCGGCAGCUGCGGCGAAGAAGGACAAGCCGCUGGCCACGUACAGCGAUGACGGCGACGAUGAGGAUGACCUGCCGCUGUCCAAACGCACCAAGUGAGGCGGAACGAUGUGAUGGGGAGCAGCGGUAACUGGACUUGUGAUGCGGAGCGAUGAGGGGCAGGGCGGAGGGUCUUGAUGUGCUGGGCAGGAGGAGCAGCUCAGGAAGCUAGAUGGUUUGGCUGCUUCCGGCAGAGCCGUGACACAAAGUUGCGGGCUUGGUGCCGUUGCACAUGCUCGUUUCGCGAUAGGAGGGCGUUUACACCGGACGGAUAUGGGUUGCGUUCGCCUUACACAGUCCAGAAAUGGCAUGCUCUGCUGGCUCCAUGGCGUGUGUUAUGGGCGGCCAAGGGGUAUGCUGCGAAUUCAGGUGACGUAGACCGGCAGGCAGCCACGUGGCACGGAAGCGCGGGUGGCUGUGUCUACGGGGCUGACUGGAAGCUAUUGCCUGAUGGGCGCCGACGUGGUUUGCACCCCUGCUCUGAUAACAAACCUCCUUGAAGCUGGCCUCUAUCUGUGUCGUCGAUAAAGCCUCGAUACGGCCAUUGAUGGGAUGUAUUGAGUACGGUGAGGCUUGUGACGGAGUUGACGAGGGCUCUGUAACCAUGCACGCUUGUGACGCUGCAAGUUGCCUGCGUGUCCGCUGCAAUCGCUUCCUGUCCAUCGCACACCCGCUGCUGGUCCGUUGGAACAGUGAAAGCCAGGGCGCGAUACACAACUGCACAGUAUCGGGGGGUUCUGCAUGGGUGGCGGAGGGCAGCUUUGUUGGGGGGCGUGUUCUUUCUUUAAAUUA